UAAAGCAGCCUCUGUCUGGAGUCUGGAACUAUGGCAGAGUAAAUAUUUGUGUUAGCAGAAGCCGGGAGAAAAAUGGUGGAUCGGCAGGGUCAGCACAGCUGCAAGGGCUAAAGUCUGCAGAGAGUUCUCAACACAAUUCACAGAAAAGACAGAAAAGAACAGAAGGAGAAUAUUUACUAGAACACUGCAGGACAGAGAGAGGAAUAACUGAAGCAGAGGAGAGGAGCUAAAGCAGAACCGAAUGAAAUGUCUGUGAAUAUGGAGGAGCUCAAACAUCAGGUGAUGAUCAAUCAGUUUGUUCUGACUGCAGGAUGUGCAGCAGAUCAAGCGAAACAGCUGCUGCAAGCUGCCCACUGGCAAUUUGAGACUGCCCUAAGCACUUUCUUUCAAGAAGCAAAUAUUCCUUACAACCCUCAUCAAAUGAUGUGUACUCCAGCGAACACCCCUGCAACACCUCCCAACUUCCCGGAUGCUCUCAUGAUGUUCUCAAAGCUCAAGGCCUCUGAAAGCUUCAGCAGUAGCAGUCUUCUUUCAGCAGCAGCCUGUUCUCCUCCUCUUCCUCCUCCCCCUCCUCUACCUCAAAAUAUGAGUGUUAGUCCUUCGUGUCCACUGACUUCUAGUCAGUUGGGCAUGUGGACUUCUGCUUCACCAACUCAGCCCGUCGGAUGGCCAGAUACGGUCUCUGAGCAAGCAUCUUCUGAUGAGAAAGCCAAUACUGCCAUGGAGGCUGAAAGAUGAGAUGUGCAACUUCUAAGUAGCAGUGUGGCAUAAUGCCAGCAGUGUUAGGAAGGACAACGUGUAUACAGUGGCCUUCUCAGGCCUGCAUUUAUGUUAACAUCAGGCCUGCAUUUAUGUUAACAUCGAAUGUGUGCUGUGACCAAUGUAAGCUGCAAGCAAGAGACAACAAAGAUAAGGACAGAAAGCGAGAGCACUGAUAUAAAGGAAAGAAACAGUAAUCUCUUGCAGCUUAUAUCAUAGGCCCGAGCCUAUUUAAAUACUGUUCGACUUUGAAGCAGUCCAGCGCAAACAGUGAAAAAGUUUUUGAGCAGUUACUGAUAAACUGACUGAAAUGCAAAGUCUCUCAUUUCAACGUUAACUGAAACGUAACACAGAUGCUUGGGGAUUAAGUUCUCAGAUGAAAACGUCAGCUCUGUUUAAAAGGUCUUGCUUGGGUUAUUUUAGAAAAGUAAUGUCAAAAGUCUAAUUCUCUAAGAAGGCAAAAUGAAUGCUGCCAUUUUAAUGAAACCAUUCUUUGUCUGCUAUGCAACAAGAAUUACCGAACGGUCUCAAGUGGAAUACAUAUACCUAUUUUAAACAUUUUGGAAGGCAUAUGCUUUUUCGGGAUAACUGAUUUAUACAUUUAUAAUUUUUGUGUACUUAACUAAAGGAUGCCAUAGUGAAAAUGUAACUUUUGUUGGGGUCAGUGGUUUGGCAUGUUUGAUUCUUUUUUUUGUGUAGCUUUCGUGGAAAAAAGGACAAAAAGCACUGUAGCAGAGUAAGGCCUGACUUUUGGCUCUGUUUUGUGCUUCACACUAUCAGUUAUUCUUACUUUGCCAAGUAACUUUCAUGAUUUUAUUUCCAAGAGCUACCUUAUCUGCACUGAGACUGCCAAGGGUAUUGCAAAUUCCUUCCAGCACUAUGAAGAGCUUGCGCAACUGUUUUCAUUUUGUUUUGUUUUUGUUUUGUGAUUUUUUUUUUUUUUUUUUUUUUAGUAUUAUAUUUUGAUCUUGUAUAGUGUUUUAUUUCAGAAGGAGAGCUGUACCAAAUGGGCCUGAUUGGGAAGACACUCUUUUUAUUAAUAAUUAAUUCAUCUGCCCAUUUGAUCAGUUGCAGUAUUCGGUGAAAAUACAGAAAUUUAAUGAUGCUAACAUCUUAGUAUCUUCUGAAAAUGGUAGACUGCACUGAAACUAAAUCAAGAAAAAUGCUGAUUUUGUUUGAAUUUUGAUUGUGUUAUUAGCUUUCUUUUGUCAGUGGUGCAUUAAAAGCCACUAAACACAA